AAAACAUCCCACAAAGAGAACCUGAAGCAUCUUAACUCCUGAAAGAUCAGCAUCUGCACUAUAUUACUCUAUAUGAAGUGAAUAUCACUGAGGAAUUAUUACUAAAUCAGGAUGCUGAGCAUUGCACCCCUUCUCAUUUUAACUGUUGAAGUUGUCCUAGGACAGAUCUAUCCAUUCGAUAUGGCAAAACAUUCUGUUGAUGAUCAAUAUGAAGGUUGUAGAAAGGAAAUGUCAGACCUGGUGUUUACAUCAUUUCUAAAGAAAGAAAUCAAUGAGAAUUCUACAUAUAAAGCAGCUUGGGAAGAAGGGAAAAGGAAUGCCAAGACACCAGCAGAUAACUUGAACAUGAACCAUUCGAUCGCCAUUUAUGUGUACACUAGUAGAAAAGUAUAUGAAGAUUUCAAUUAUGCUACUCGUUAUGAUAAACAAAAAUACAACAGCAGCACAUACAAAUGGUAUUCACUUCAGUUUUUGUUGACAGAAGCGAUACAGAUUCUGAAUGAAACACAAAAGAAAUGUUAUUUAACUUAUCGUGGUACUGAUGUUGAAUUUAAUGUUCUGAGCAAAGAGGUUCGUUUUGGCUCUUUUACAUCUUCCUCUCUUAAUCGGAGUGAAGCACGGUACUUUGGAGAUAAAUCUUGUUUUGAAAUUGAAACUUGUGAAGGUGCUGAUGUGGCAAAAUAUUCUGUGUAUCCUUAUGAGGAAGAGGUGUUGAUUCCUCCAUAUGAGAAGUUUAUAGUCACUGCUGUCAAGAACAAUUCCUGGUGUAAAACUGUAUACGAGCUGAAAAGCUCGGGAACAGAAAGUAACCUGAACUGUGCUGUGGCAUCAGUCAAACAGACACAUCACAGAUUUAUCAGCCAUAACUGGUCAUGAAAAAACAGAUUUUGCCGUAAGUUCAAUUCAGAAAUCCACCACCCCCUAUUUUAUAAGUGUAAGCACUUUUAUAAUCAAGUUAAAAGAGUUUUAAUUCAAAAAGGUUUUACACCGCCACACCAGUAGAUGUUGGCGCUCAUGGGGUAGAAAAGUAUAUGCAGAUUUCAAUAACGCAGUUCGUAAUGGUAAACUAAAUUACAUAUGGGGAUCAUACAUAUGGUAUUCACUUCACUUUUUGUUGACAGAAGCGAUACAGAUUCUGAAAGAAACACAAAAGAACUGUCUUAACUUAUCGUCGUUCUAAUAUUGAAUUUGGUAAGGGUGUUCUGAACAAAGAGGUUCGUUUUGGCUCAUUUGCAUCUUCUUCUCUCAAUGAAACAGUAAUAAAUAAUUUGGAAAUACAUCUUGUUUUGAAAUUGAAACUUGUGAAGGUGCUGAUGUGGCAAACUAUUCUGCACAUGCUGAAGAGAAAGAGGUGCUGAUUCCCCCAUAUGAGAAAUUUAAUGUCACUGAUAUCAAGAACAAUUCCUGGUGUAAAACUGUGUACGUGCUGAAAAGCUUGGGAACAAAAAGUAACCUGAACAGGUCAAGAAACUUCUGCUGUAUGUUCAAUACAGAGGUUUUACACCGCCACACCAAAAGAUGUUGUGCGGUUUGCGU